CAUUUUUGGCAUUUCGUUCCCUCCCUUGAUUUGGUACUUUGGCAGAUGGUGUAAAAAUGUUUUACUAAAACAUUUUAAAAUAUAACACGGAAUAUCUGAAUGAUGUUUCUGGUGUCAUUUUAAAGUAUUGUGAACAAUAUUUCGUAACAUAUUGUUAGAUAACUAAGUCAUAAAAUGGCUUCACGCGGUGGUAUUAUGGUGACCGGGACGAACGGAGCUGAUUUCGAGCACAGGGAAAAAAUAGCUGCACAAUAUCAAAUAAGUGCUCUCAACAAAUCGCGCUUAAAGUACUGCGUUUUCUUCCACCACAUGCUGUUCAUGGUGAUGCUGGCCAAAUUGUCUGCCGAUAUUCUUGAUAAACUUGACAUAUUCAUUCUGGAAAUUGAGGAGUUACAGAUACCAACUCCCCUCUGGUGGGAGUACAUCUGGUGCCUCUCUCUUCUGCUGUCAUUCCUGGGUCUCUCUGCAAUCAAACGCAACAACAUCAAACAUCUGCGGCGCUAUAUGUAUGGAAUAUGUAUGCUCGGGUUUGGCCCACUGUUGUAUUGUGUUCUGUACUACUGCGGUGAUGUCUGGAGGUACCUGUCUCGAGAUGAAGAUGAAGAUGACAGCUCAGAAGUUGAAAUUGAAUUGUGGCAGGGUUACCCAUACGGCCUUCUGUGGUACGCAUUUGUGCUGCUAGCAUCGCAGGUGCACUUGUUCCAAAUGUACUUCUCCUACAAUUUACUGAAGGCUUGGCGCGCGCGGGGCGCGUUACGGAAAGCCGAUUGAAUAAUGUUCAAAGUUUUAUCACUUUCUGUUAAGCGUCCUGUCGUCGGGGGGAGGGAAGACCGGAGGCUCGGUUCUUUUGUGUGAGAGAAAGAUUCUGGCCUAAUGUGAAGAUUUAAUUGUUAAAAUAAAUACCUUUUCUGUUUGUUACUUUUAUCUAUAAUGAUUAAAAUUCGUGAUUAAUUUUUUUUUAUAGUUGAAACUGUUAAACAAUGUUGACGAAAAUAAUAUAUUUUUCAACCCAUUAUGGUAGGAAUGUAAAACCUAUCUAUAAAUUGGGUUUACACCGGGGGAAAAAAUGCACUGUCAUAAACCCACCUAUUUUCACAUUGGGCCAGUAGUAUAUUGCUUGUCAAUUAUUAGCAUAUGCUUGGUAAGCGGUAACAUACUAAAUAAAUGACAUAGUCAUUGAACAAGUGAAUAGGAAUUAUAGUGAUUAAAAUUCCUAACAAAUAGGUGCAAAGCAUUGCUAUUGAUUGGAUAUUACUCAAAAUUGGCCUUUUUUUUUCUUCAAUAUAAUUUGAAAAGUUAUUUACUAUGGCGAUAUAAAGAGUAUAUUAAAGAAUAAAUCACCCAGGUGUGAUUUGAUUGUGGGAUUUCAGGAAAAAUGUGGAAUUUGAUAACCUACAUGUAAUGUCACCCAGGUGAAAAAAGUGGAGUAAACUGAUAAAGCUCAUCUGUUUUGGAAAAAUACAGGAUGAAAUUUUUUUAUAAAAAAAAAUAAAUUAUCAUGGUCAAAGUAAGGUAAGUUAUUCUAUGUACUUCAGCGAAUGGUCUAUGAAUCUUAUGUAUAUGUAUUUUUAUGUCAAUUAAAAAAUGGUGUUGUAUGAAUAAUUUUAAUGGAAAAAGGUUUGACAGUGCUCGCUGCUGCCGCUGUGUAUUUUAUAUAUUUAUUUGAAUGUUAAAAAAUGUAAAUUUCUAUUUUAUCGUUUGCCAAAAAACUAAACUCAAAAUGUAGCCAUAAACAGAUUUAAUAAACAAAACAUUUUCUAUGCAGGUCGGAACAGCAGUAGAAACUAUUGUUUAUGUCCGUCCGCAGAAAAUGACAAAUUGAAUAUUUGAAAUUUUGUAAAUAUUGUGCAUGGAUUUAUAGUCAAAGAGCCGAUAACUUUUUCCUCAUAUUUUUUUAUUAUCUUGUGUAUCUAAAUAUAAAUAUUAUCUCGAAAGUCGGAAAUUUUUGACUUUAAAUCUAGCUAGGUUAUAAUCAAUAACUGGAACUAUUUUAGAUGUCUAAUAGAUAUAAUUUUAAAGCACAAAUGACAUUAAUAUUCUAUGUAUUAAAUAAAACAGAUUUUUGUUAUUCUAUUCUUCGUUAAUAAAUUUCGUUAACUGUUUUACAAGUUUUGUUUUUAAUUUGUAAGAUUAAACGGGUUUAGGAGUUUUGACUGAAUUUGGUAUAGUGUAAUACCAAUUUUUUACUAGAAUAAAAUUGCUAUUCUCAGAUAUAUUUAUCCAGAAUUUUAAUGAUAUUCAUAUAUGUUUAGUAUAAAAAAUAGUAAAUCCUACAAUUCUCCACAUUUAAAAUACUUAUUGGUGUAUUUUAAUCCUUUGAUAAGAUAUUAAGUACGGUUCUAUAAUAUGUCGAUGUCUCGCGUAGUGUUAUAUAGUAAGGCUAAACUUAGGUCUAGCCGAAGAUAAGCACUAUAUAACUAGGUGUAACCAUGGGAGACCGGCUGCAACUGGCUCUAGCCGGGUAAACCUAGGUAUAGCCGCACUUCGUAGUUUAGCCGUAGCAUAUAAUACCAAUUAUAAUAUUUUGUAUUUUCUUACCAGUUUAUCAGUGGAAUAAUUAUUCUAGUAGGAUGGUAUGGCCUAUUUUUUUGGGGCAGAUUCCAUGACUGACUUAUCAAGCCUAGGAAACCGUGAUCGGCCAAGCAUGUUUGGAUUUUUGUCAUCUAAUUUAUUUAUGCAAUGACGAACCCCAUAAUUUAUAAUACCCAUUAUUGUGGGUUUGGUAUUUAGUUUAAAAAGAUUAUAAAUUACAUAUUAGGAUUUUUAUUAGCCUAUAGCAAUAUAUUUCACUGGUGGCAUACUUCCAGUUCUAUUAUAUUAUAAUUGACAUUUUUAAUUAAUUAUCAUCAAAUUAUAUUUGGGGAAAGUUAUCUACAUUAUACAUAAGAAUGGAAUUUAUCAAAAAUAUUUUUUUUUAAUAAUUAAAACGUUUACAUAAUUUUGCGAUGUAGAAAAUCUUGCUUGGUUAAAGGCCUAGUUAGGGAAAAUAUACCCAAUAGUUAUGUGGCAGUCAGUGUGCAAUUCUGUGGUCAUUUUUAUCAAUGUGUUCCCAAUAAGUUACAUAAGCGUGUAUGGAUGAACACGGAUGCGUACGCGAAUCAAGGCACAUUGCGUAGUUUGCUUAGGGUUUUUUUUAUUAUAGCAUAGGAAUGAACCAGCAAUGUAUGUCGAAAUCGGCACGUUCUGCUAACUUUAGUAUAGAUAGAGUGGGUUGCACCACUAACUUUGGCGGUAAUUUUAACCUGCGCGCCGCCCUCGUUCUCACUAUGAGCAACUUGUUGGGCACAAGUGUGAAUAAGAUGUAAAUAAACUAUUUAUUAUGAUAAUGUCAGAUUUAUAUGGUGUUAAGAGUUUGUUUUGUUUUGAACGUUUUCCUUCGACACUGUUUUUUUCUAUUAAUAAAAAUAUUUUCUAAAAUUAA